AUUUUACCAAGCGUGUUGAACUGUCCACGUGAGGGUUCAGUGUAAACAAAUGUAGGGAGACGUUUGUGGGUGAAGAAAUUUCUGGCAAAGAAUUAAUUAUGGAACCACUUAUAGAGGCUGUUGUAGUUACAUCAAACAAUACUGGUGCAGAGUCAGUGCAGGUGUAUGAUGUGGCAACAGGUACCCACUUGAAGAGUUACAGAGGGGAUAUUGCAGCUCAGUCUACACUAUGCUUUGUAGGUCAAGCAGAAUAUCUGAUGGCGGCUGUCAGAGACAAGCCUUUCCUCCAAGCUUGGGCUCUUCCCCGUCACGAGACCUUGCAGAUAAGAUUAAUCGUUCCUGGAAAGGCUUGUGCAAUGGCUGUCAGCCCCAGUGGACCCAAAUACUGUGUAAUCGGUAUUGCUGAAAAGUUAACCGUAUACAAGCUUGUAACUGGACGCAUGAUCGGGGUGUCCAGUAGGCAUUACCAGCCAGUCACGUGUUUGAAGUUUACACCUUGUGGCAAUUAUUUUGCAUCUGGGGGAGAGGACGGCUUUGUCUACCUGUGGAGUCUAGGUUCUUUCAUAGAGACUUUGCACAAGCAGGAUGCUCCACAAGUACAACCACACUUCAUCUUGGGACAACAUUCAGAUAAGGUACAAUGA